UCUUUGGUUUAGAUCAAAGUUUGAAAUAAUAGUAGCAUGGAUAAACUAGACCAUUAUUAAAAGAUAAGUAGAUUAAUUAAGUGAGUCUGAGCAAUUUUAUUUCUUAGAGAAUGGAAAGUGGUGAUCUGUAUAAAGCUGCAAGCAGCUUAAGAGCAAGCAGUUCUUCAAUUUGGAGAAACAGUGCAAAGGACACUAUUUUCUCUAAGUCUUCACAUGAAGUAGUGGAUGAUGAUGAAGCUCUCAAAUGGGCUGCACUUGAGAAACUCCCUACUUACAAUCGUUUAAAGAGAGGCUUGUUAACUGCAUCCAAUGGUGAGGUGAGUGAGAUUGAUGUCACUCAUAUUGGAACACUUGAAAGAAAGAAAGUGUUGCAAAGGUUGGUAGGUGCUGCUGAAGAGGAUAAUGAGAAGUUUCUGUUGAAGUUGAGGGAAAGAAUUGAUAGAGUUGGAAUCCAUAUUCCAACAAUUGAAGCCAGGUUUGAGCAUCUAAAUGUUGAGGCAGAAGCUCAUGUUGGCAGCAGAGCCUUACCCACGUUUUUUAACUUCAUUGUUAAUAUAGUUGAGAGUUAUUUGAAUUAUCUUCAUAUCCUUUCAAGCAAAAAGAAGCAAGUCACCAUCCUUAAAGAUGUUAGUGGAAUUGUAAGACCUUGUAGGAUGACAUUGCUUUUAGGCCCUCCAAGUUCUGGAAAAACCACACUCCUUUUGGCUCUGGCAGGAAAGCUUGGUCAAGAUCUUAAGGUUAGUGGCAGAGUUACCUAUAAUGGUCAUGAGAUGAAUGAGUUUGUACCUCAAAGAACUGCAGCAUACAUUAGCCAGAAUGAUGUUCAUAUUGGAGAAAUGACUGUGAGGGAAACCUUGGCUUUCUCAGCAAGGUGUCAAGGGGUUGGUUCAAGAUUCGACUUGCUUUCUGAACUAUCAAGAAGAGAGAUAGCAGCAAAAAUUAAACCCGACCGAGAUAUCGAUAUAUACAUGAAGGCAACAGCAUCUGAAGGCCAGGAAGCAAACCAGAUGAUAACAGAAUAUAUACUAAAGAUCUUAGAUUUAGAAAUAUGUGCUGAUACUCUAGUAGGGGAUGAAAUGUUGCGUGGUAUAUCCGGAGGACAAAGAAAGCGUGUUACAACAGGUAGUGUUCAAACUCUUAGUCCAUCAAUUUUGUGUGUAAUUCUGUUUCAACUUUUAUGUGCAUUAUUUGCAGGGGAGAUGUUGGUUGGGCCGGCGAAAGCGUUGUUCAUGGAUGGCAUAUCUACUGGGCUAGACAGCUCCACAACUGUUCAAAUUAUGAAAUGCCUUAGACAAAUUGUUCAUAUUCUAAAGGGAACUGCAGUUAUAGCCUUACUGCAACCAGAGCCAGAGACAUAUGAGCUUUUUGAUGACAUUAUCCUCCUCUCAGAUGGUCAAAUUGUCUACCAUGGACCCCGAGAGCUUGUCCUCGAAUUUUUCGAGUCCAUGGGAUUCAAAUGCCCUGAGAGGAAAGGCAUAGCAGACUUCCUUCAAGAAGUAACUUCUAGAAAGGAUCAGGAACAGUAUUGGAUGCACAAGGAGAAGACAUAUAGUUUUGUAACAGCUAAUGAAUUUGCUGAGGCAUUUAAAAGCUUCCAUGUAGGAAGGAAAAUUGAAGAUGAGUUAGCAGUUCCAUUUGAUAAGACAAAGAAUCACCCUGCUGCAUUAACAACUGACAAGUAUGGAGUUAGCAAAAAGGAGCUUCUGAAAGCUAACUUCUCAAGAGAGUAUCUUCUUAUGAAGAGGAACUCAUUUGUUUACAUCUUCAAGAUAUCUCUGCUUGCAGCAAUGGCUGUGAUUACAAUGACAGUAUUCCUUAGAACUGAGAUGCAUCACGAUUCAGUGGAUCAUGGUGGAGUUUACACCGGAGCACUUUUCUUCACUGUAGUAAUGAUCUUGUUUAAUGGGAUGGCUGAUAUCUCCAUGACUAUUGGGAAGCUUCCAAUUUUUUACAAGCAACGUGAUCAUCUAUUUUACCCUGCAUGGGCCUAUGCUAUUCCCAGUUGGAUCCUUAAAAUCCCUGUCACAUUGGUUGAAGUUGUUGUUUGGGUAUCACUCACCUACUAUGUUAUUGGAUUUGACCCAAAUAUAUGCAGAUUCUUGAAGCAGUAUCUUCUGUUGUUCCUACUUGGCCAAAUGGCUUCUGCUCUAUUUCGUUCCAUUGCAGCAAUUGGUAGGAACAUGAUUGUUGCCAACACAUUUGGUUCAUUUGCAAUAGUCACUCUUCUGACUUUGGGUGGAUUCAUCUUGUCAAGAGAGGAUAUCAAGAAAUGGUGGAUAUGGGGUUACUGGAUCUCACCUAUAAUGUAUGAGCAGAAUGCUAUAAUGGUGAAUGAGUUCCUUAGCAAGAGUUGGAACCAUGCUCUUCCAAACUCAACUGAUCCACUUGGAGUUGAGAUUCUGAAAUCACGUGGAUUCUUCAAGCAUGCAUACUGGUAUUGGAUUGGGGUUGUGGCAUUGUUUGGAUUCAUUAUUCUGUUGAACAUCACCUUCACUCUCGCUCUCACUUAUCUCAACCCCUUGAAGAAGCCGCAAGCUAUCAUCUCAGAAGAAUCUCUUGGAAACAAGUAUGAUCAAGAAGGCCUUGAAUUGCCACUCAGAGGAAGCACUGCACCUAGUAGCAAGAUCAAGAUAGGUGACAACAGAACAGAAACUAUAUCUUCAACUUCAAGGUCUGCAUCAAUUAGGCCAGAGGCUGCAGUUGACAAGAGAAAAAGAGGAAUGGUUCUUCCAUUUGAACCACAUUCUCUCAUCUUUGAUGAAAUCACAUAUUCAGUGGACAUGCCACAGGAAAUGAAGAGUCAGGGUGUGAUUGAAGAGAAAUUGGUCCUUCUGAAAGGCGUUAGCGGCGCAUUCAGGCCAGGUGUUCUCACAGCUUUGAUGGGUGUAAGUGGAGCUGGAAAAACAACUUUGAUGGAUGUGCUGGCUGGAAGGAAGACCGGGGGUUAUAUUGAGGGGACUAUUACAAUCUCAGGCUACCUUAAGAAGCAAGAAACAUUUGCUCGAAUAUCCGGUUACUGUGAACAGAAUGAUAUCCAUUCUCCUCAUGUUACUGUCUAUGAAUCCUUACUUUACUCAGCAUGGCUGCGCUUAUCACCCGAAAUAAAUCAUGAAACAAGAAAGAUGUUCAUUGAGGAAGUCAUGGAGCUUGUAGAGUUGAACUUUCUUAGGGAAUCUUUGGUUGGUUUGCCUGGUGUGAGUGGCCUCUCUACCGAACAACGAAAGAGGUUAACUAUAGCAGUUGAAUUGGUGGCUAAUCCCUCCAUAAUUUUCAUGGAUGAACCUACUUCUGGUUUAGAUGCUAGAGCUGCUGCUAUUGUUAUGAGAACAGUUAGAAACACAGUUGACACAGGAAGGACUGUUGUUUGUACAAUCCAUCAACCAAGCAUUGACAUAUUUGAAUCUUUUGAUGAGCUUUUCCUGUUAAAGCGUGGAGGGCAAGAAAUUUAUGUCGGCCCAUUAGGCCGUCAUUCUUACCAACUCAUCAACUAUUUUGAGUCUGUUAAAGGGGUCAAUAAGAUCGGAGAUGGAUGUAACCCUGCAACUUGGAUGUUGGAAAUCACAACUCCAGCACGAGAAAUGGAUUUAAAUGUUGACUUUGCUGAUAUAUAUAAAAAUUCAGAACUUUAUAGGAAAAAUAAAGAUCUUGUAGCAGAAUUGAGCAAGCCUGAUCCUGGUUCCAAGGAGCUUCACUUUCCUACUCAAUAUGCACAACCAUUUUUCAUCCAAUGUAUGGCUUGUUUGUGGAAACAACAUUGGUCAUAUUGGCGCAAUCCUCCAUAUACAGCAGUGAGAUAUCUGUUCACUACAUUUGUAGCUUUGAUGUUUGGAACCAUGUUCUGGGAUCUUGGAUCCAAAAAGACAAGAAAACAGGAUCUGUUUAAUGCUAUAGGUUCAAUGUACAAUGCUGUUAUCUUCCUUGGAGUCCAGAAUGCUUCUUCUGUUCAGCCAGUGGUUGCCAUAGAAAGAACCGUCUUUUAUAGAGAAAGGGCGGCCGGAAUGUAUUCGGCCUUCCCCUAUGCAUUUGCACAGGUUCUAAUAGAGCUACCAUAUAUUCUUGCACAAGCUGUAACAUAUGGCCUCAUAGUUUAUGCAAUGAUUGGAUUUGAUUGGGUUGCAUCCAAAUUCUUUUGGUAUCUCUUCUUCAUGUACUUCACAUUUCUAUACUUCACCUUCUAUGGCAUGAUGGCUGUGGCCAUAACACCAAACCAACAUGUUGCUUCAAUUGUGGCUAGUGCAUUCUAUGCAAUUUGGAAUCUCUUCUCAGGAUUUGUUGUCCCAAGACCAAACAUUGCUGUGUGGUGGAGAUGGUACUAUUGGGCAUGUCCAGUUUCUUGGAGCUUAUAUGGAUUGGUUGCAUCUCAAUUUGGAGACAUAACAAGUAAAAUUGAGUCAAAUGAGACAGUGGAAGAGUUUCUGAAGAGAUACUUUGGUUAUAGAAAUGAUUUUGUAGGAAUUGCUGCAAUUCUGGUUGUUGCUUUUGCUGUGCUCUUUGCUAUUAUCUUUGCUGUUUCUGUGAAACUCUUCAAUUUCCAAAAGAGAUAG